CUCGAGUGAGAUCGAUCGUACUUCGUCUCUUUUUUCUCUCCUUCCUGCAGCUUACCGGCAAGCAAAAAGAAAGCGCCUUCCAAAUCCAAGACCCGACGCGGGGGUUCGGAUGAUCUUUUGCGAACCAAAAAUAUGUUUUCGACGAAUAAUAAGGGAAGCGCGGCACCAGUGACCACCGACCAGUGUCCCCGGGACAGCAGAUAAAUAACAAUAUUAAUAUUAGUCAGUAGACGACGGGUGAUAGAGAGAGACGGAAGGCAAUGGUACUUUUGAAUAUCUGUAUAUAUAUAUAAAACCAGAGGGAAGGCGGAUAUCCCCAUACGCGAUCUGGUCACCACCCCGAACCCCGCAUCGUCGUCAUCUUUUUUUUUUCUUCUUUUCUUUCACUCCUCUCUCUGUCAUAUCAUCAUUCAUGUGAGCCUGUCCCUUCCUUCUCGUCUCAGAUCUAGAGCUGGUUGGUUCAUGGGCACGGGCAUGGAUCCGUCGGCCCGCGCGUUCCUCCUCCUCCUGCUCCUGCUUCUGUGCUGCCCCUUCUCCUUCCCUCCGGCGGCCGAGGCCGCUGAUGGCUCCGCUGGAGGCCCCAUCGUGGUCGAUCCGGGGCUCAGGUUCGCCAACCCGCGCCUCCGGCAGGCCUACAUUGCUCUGCAGACGUGGAAGCGGACGGCCAUCUACUCCGACCCCCAGAACCUGACCGGCAACUGGGUCGGUCCCAACGUGUGCUCCUACUUCGGCGUCUUCUGCGCCCCCUCCCCCGCCGACCCCUCCCUCACCGUCGUCGCCGGAGUCGACCUCAACCACGCCGACAUCGCCGGGUACCUGCCCCCCGAGCUCGGCCUUCUCACCGAUCUCGCCCUCCUCCACCUUAACUCCAAUCGCUUCUGCGGCGUCGUCCCGUCCACCCUCCAACUCCUCCGCCUCCUCCACGAGCUCGACCUCAGCAACAACCGCUUCGUGGGGAUGUUCCCGGACGUCCUUCUCGCCCUGCCCUCCCUCCGCUACCUGGACCUCCGCUUCAACGAGUUCGAGGGCUCCAUCCCCCCGGCGCUCUUCGACCGUCCCCUCGACGCCAUCUUCCUCAACUCUAACCGCCUCCGCCACGACAUCCCCGCCAACUUUGGCUCCUCCCCGGCCUCCGUGGUGGUGCUGGCCAACAACGACCUCGGCGGCUGCAUUCCCUCCAGCAUCGGCAGGAUGGCAGCCACCCUCAACGAGAUCAUCCUCCUCAACGACAACCUCUCCGGCUGCAUCCCCCCCGAGGUCGGCCUCCUCCGCCACCUCACCGUCUUCGACGUCAGCUUCAACCACCUCCAGGGCCCCCUCCCGGGUUCCCUCGCCGCCAUGGCCAGUCUCGAGCAGCUCGACGUCGCGCGCAACCGCCUCACAGGCUCCAUCCCCGCCGGCGUCUGCCAGCUCCCCAGGCUCCAGAACUUCACCUACUCUUAUAACUACUUCACGUCACAGCCACCCCAGUGCCCCGCCGCCGGCGCCGGCGGCAAGGUGCGGCUCGACGCCAAGAAGAACUGCAUUCCGGGCCUGCCGGACCAGCGCUCCCCUAAGGAGUGCUCCUCCGAGGCCGCGCGCCCCUUCGACUGCACCAAGUCCAAGUGCUGGGCUGGGGGCAAGAGCCCAGCCCCCACUUAUUCGUUCCCGCCGCCGCCGCAGGAAAGGUUCAUCAGCAGGAGGCGCCCCGCCCCGCCGCCGCCGGCUCCCCUCGCGGGCCCGCGCCCGCACAGGGGCUACAACAAGAGCACACCGCCUCCGCCACCACCACCACCACCACCCAAGUCCGAGUCGUCGCCUUCCCACGCAUCUCACUCCCCACCUCCGCCGCCGCCACCACCUGAGUCCCAGUCGUCGCCAUCCACGAAAGCCCACCCGCCUCCUCCUUCCCAUUCGCCACCUCUGCUGCCUCCUUACUCCCCUGAACCAUCGCCACCGAGUUACCAUGCUUCGCCACCACCGCCAGCUUCUACAUCAUCGCCGCUGCUGCCACCUCCGCCUCCGCCUGGCUGCGAGUUUGCAAAGCGUCCUCCCACCCCCGUGUUGCCAUCUCCACCGCCCCCGGAUCAGUACCUUCCAGCACCUCCCGUCGGGCCUCCAACGACCCCUCCUCAUCCGCCCCCACCGUCGUCUGAUCGUCCAAGCCCAUCGACAGCUCCACCGCUGCAUCAGACUCGCAACCCGCCUCCGCCACCGCCCGUCCGUCAAUUUUCACCCCUACCACCGCCCCCGUCCAUUCAUGGAUCCCCGGCGCAUCCAGAAGACCACCCUUCUCCUCCUCCACCGGUUCCACGGGCAGCGCCUGCUUCUCCACCAAGCUACGGAGCAGGUCAUCCGACACCGCCCCCGCCCGUCCAUCCAUCUCCAGAACCACCUCGACAUCACCUGCCGCCACCCCAAGGUAUGCCGUGGCAAUCUCCGCCGCCGCCGACAUCAGGGUGCGGCGGGAACGUGCCUUUACCUCCCGUGGUAGGGGUAUCCUAUGCAUCUCCUCCACCGCCGGCGAUACCCUACUACUGAUCUUCUUAAGUUGGUCGCAGCGCGCUUUCUCUGCUCGUUUCUUUAAUUUCAUCGUCAGCGAUCUUUACGGCUAAAAUAUUCUUUGCUUUUUUGUUAUCUUUCUUGCCCCCCCUCCGUAUCUAUAAAAUCUGUUUUGGUAGGGGUUGCUUCCUCUGUAAUGAAUCUCGGCGAAGUCCUGGUGCUCUAAUAGGGUUUUUAAUAUGCUUCGGUUUC